AUGGAUACACUCGAGUCUUCAUCACAGUCAGUACCAAGACAAAGAAAAUCUGGUGUUCAAACGUUUUCCACAAUGAGUCAGGAUGAUGAUAUGAAAAAAAUUAACAUAAUUCAACAAACAGACGCUUCUUCAACGACAGAAGAUGAAGAAAUGCUGAAUAGCGGGUCUGUUCAUGAUGCUGAAGUUAAAAGAGAGUUGAAGCAAAGACACAUAGGGAUGAUCGCCCUCGGGGGUACUAUCGGUACAGGUUUAUUCAUCGGUAUAUCGACUCCUCUAGAAGAUUCUGGUCCAGUCGGUUCUUUAAUCGCAUACAUCUUCGUCGGUACUUUGACCUAUGCUGUUACACAAUCUCUUGGUGAAAUGGCCACUUUCAUACCGGUUACUUCAUCAUUUACUGUUUUCGCUUCAAGAUUCUUAUCUCCUUCCAUCGGUGCUGCCGUCGGUUAUAUGUAUUGGUUCUCCUGGGCAGUCACAUUUGCUUUAGAAUUAAGUGUUGUCGGCCAAAUCGUGGAUUAUUGGACUUUUGCUGUCCCUAUCGCUGCUUGGAUUAGUAUCUUUUGGGUCAUCUUAACCGCUUUAAAUAUGUUCCCAGUCAAAUUUUAUGGUGAAAUCGAAUUUUGGGUUGCUGCCGUUAAAGUCGUCGCCAUUGUCGGUUUCUUAAUUUACUGUCUUUGUAUGGUUUGUGGUGCUGGUGUCACUGGUCCAGUGGGGUUCAGAUAUUGGAGAAAUCCAGGUCCUUGGGGUGAUGGCCUCACUUCAAAUGGUGUUGAAAUCUCUAAAAAUAAAAAUACCGGUAGAUUUCUUGGCUGGUUUAAUUCUUUAAUUAAUGCUGCUUUUACUUAUCAAGGUACCGAAUUAGUUGGUAUCACUGCUGGUGAAGCUGCUAAUCCAAGAAAAACUGUUCCAAGAGCAAUCAAGAAAGUUGUCUUCAGAAUCUUACUGUUUUACAUUGGUUCAUUAUUUUUCAUCGGUUUAUUGGUUCCCUUCGAUGAUCCCAAACUAUCAAGUGACGAUAGUUACGUUUCUAGUUCUCCAUUCAUUAUCGCUAUUGAAAAUUCAGGCACUAAGAUCUUACCAGAUAUUUUUAACGCUAUCAUUUUGAUUACAAUUAUCUCUGCAGGUAACUCAAAUAUUUACGUUGGUUCCCGUAUUCUUUUCAGUUUAGCAAAGACCGGAUUGGCUCCAAAGAUCCUUUCUCGUACAACAAAAAAGGGUGUCCCUUGGGUUUCUGUCCUGGCAACAGCAGUCUUCGGUGUCUUAGCAUACAUGGAAACAACUCAAGGUGGUCAAACUGUCUUCGACUGGUUAGUUAAUAUCACUGCAAUUGCUGGUUUCUGGGCUUGGCUCUUCAUCUUGAUCUCUCACAUCCGUUUCAUGCAAGUACUGAAAUUCAGAGGUAUUUCAAGAGAUGAUUUACCUUUCAAGGCUAAUUUAAUGCCUGGCUUGGCUUACUACGCUGUCUUUUGUAUGGUUAUUAUUAUUAUAUUCCAAGGUUUUACCGCUUUCACACCAACUUUCGACGUUUCUGAUUUCUUUGCUGCUUACAUCUCUGUCAUUUUAUUCUUCCUAAUUUGGGGUGCCUUCCAACUAUGGUUUAAAUGUAGAUGGAUAUGGAAACUUGAAGAUGUCGAUAUAGAUAGUAACAGAAGAGAUGUUGAAAAGAUUAUCUGGGAAGAUCCUGAACCAAAAACUUUCUGGGAUAAAUUCUGGAACGUUGUAGCAUAA